CGCUCGCUCGUUCAUCAGCGCUACGCCCAGCAAAAGGCAGCCGUCCCCGUCCAGCCACCAAAACCUCCACCAUGACGCUCGCUGUCGACCUCCUCAACCCCUCUGCCGAGCAGGAGAAGCGCAAGCACAAGCUCAAGCGUCUUGUGCCCUCCCCCAACUCGUACUUCAUGGACGUCAAGUGCCCUGGCUGCUUCGCGAUCACCACUGUCUUCUCGCACGCGCAGACCGUCGUCAUGUGCGGCUCGUGCGCCAGCGUUCUUUGCCAGCCGACAGGUGGUAAGGCUCGGCUAACGGAGGGCUGCUCUUUCCGCAAAAAGAACUAAAGGGUUCCUUGCGAUGUUGUAUCCUUAGCUGUGCUUAUACGCAUUCCCCUUCAUCUUGCAUCCGUCGCUUUCCGCUCGGCACACGCCUUAUGUCCAUGCUGCCUAUGCAAUACUACAUGCAUCGCUUUCGAAUCACGGUUUUAUCAGGCCAAGUUGGAGGAGAUAGGACGUGUGAUGAGGAAAACAAUGCACCUUGGGAAUGCAACGAUCACAGACAAACGAGUGAUCAGUUGCAGGGAAGUACAAUAGUUAGUCAAGCGCUCUUGACAAUAAGGCCUCUGUCUGACAGUGAGAACC